AUGUCACCUACUAAAUUUGAAUCACUUCCAAAUGAAAUAUUAACUGAUAUUAUUGAGAAAUAUAUUAAUGGUGUAGAUCUAUUAAGAGCUUUUAGUUUUCAACUCAAUCAACGAUUUGAUUCACUUAUUAUUCAAUCUCAACGACUUCGUUUUAAUUUUAUUCAAUGUCCUCAAGAUGAUUUGCGUUUUUGUAUGGGCCUUUUACUGGCCUAUAUUGACAAAAUAGAAAAAUUAGCCAUGUCUGACCAAGACACACCUGGUCAAGUUUAUGCUUUUCUAUCUUUCUUUAAAUCAUUUACAUUAUUUAAACAACUUCGAAAACUUUAUUUUCAUUUUAAUGAUCAAGCUCUCAAUUGGAGUACUAUUGAAGAUGCUCUUGAGUCCUUAUUAGAAACGAAUCUUGAUACUUUAUCAAUCAAGGCAAAUAUCGAAAGAAAUAGAUUUUCAAUGAAAAACAUCAUUAUCCGUCUUUUUGGUUUAAAAUCAUUAAAAAGUUUUUCUCUCUUGAGUGACUUAAAUGAUAUGAACUGGAAUAAUUUAGUAAAUAUGUCGUCGAAUAUUGAGCAUUUGACUGUUUCUGGUAUAUGUUAUAAAUUUCAAGAUUUACAAUAUAACUUUCAAUGUACUCCUCGUCUUAAAUAUCUUGAUGUUGAAAUAGACGAUAGAAGAAUGCGUUUUUAUGAUGAAAAAAACAAGCAUUCAAAAAUAAUCAUUCCGGUAAUGUCGACGCUUCGUACACUCAUCUUAUAUUUUGUUGAGAACAGUGUAAUAACGAUGGAUAUGUUAACAGAAUGCUUUACUUCUAUGCAUGCUUUAAAAUAUCUUGAGAUUAAGGCACACGAUAAGCUUCUUGAUGCAAAUAGAUGGAAGCUGUUGUUGGAAACAUCGUUACCAUCACUAACUCACUUUAUUCUUCGAACAACUUCAGAUCGUGUCGAAAAAAUUGGAAUACAUAAUGUGCUCUCGUCUUUUCAAAACUCGUAUUGGAGUUCAGAACAGAAUUUUAAUCUAAUGGUAACCAAACAUGAACAUCCGAAUUCGGUUGGCUUUGGCAUAGAUGAUACAAAAUUUCAUGUUUGGGAUGAAUUUGAUUGGCCUAUGAUUCAGUGUUGGAUAGCACCAAAUCGUAAUAUUCAUAAUAAUCUUAUGAUAAUUAAUAAAAGCAUAACUUUGAGUCUCCAUAACAUCAACAAUCUGACAUCAUGUGCAUACUACUUCGACAAUGUGAAAUGUCUUAUUGUCAAUAAUAUGAAUAAUGAUUUACUUACAUGGUUGUGUUCACAUGUAAAUUGUUCUAAUAUUCGACAAGUCGCUAUAAGAUGCUCGCCAGAAAUGAUUAUUGAAUUACAUAGACUAUUGAAAUGUGUUACAAAUAUGAAUUCACUUGAAAUGAAAUUAGAUCUGUUCUUGGCAAAUAUAGAUAUUUUCAUGGAAAAUAUGUAUUGUGUAAAAGACCUUAAUUUAUCUAUUUGUAAGCAUGACUUCAAUGAAGAAAGUAUUUUUAUUAUUGCCAAGUGCUUUCCUUACAUAGAACAUCUCAAAAUAGAUACAUCCAGUUUACAGAAUAUUUCACUACUGAAGAAAUAUUUAGUAUCUCUUCGCAGUCUCACCUUUCGAAAUGACAAAAGUUAUAGCCCUUAUUCUUAUGACUAUAACUAUGAGAGAAAAAAAUGGGAAUAUGAUUUACGACGAAACACUAAAUUUUUGUUCCAAGUUACAGAUAAUAGAAUGACAGUUUGGCUCGAUCAAGCUGCAUUUGAAGAUCCAUAUUGGCAAACAUUCAUUUGUGGUGCAACCAUGUUAAUCAGUGACUUUAUCUAGCCGAACUACCAUUUCCAAUCGUCCAGUAACUACGAACAGUUCUGAUACUCAAACAUAAAAGAAAACUAUAUUCUCCCUUUUAAAUUUUUUCAAAAAGUAGCAUGGCAGAACUCGUUUUUUAGACCACAGGUUUACUUCUAAAUAUCUUACUACUGAUCCUAUCUUUUAUUGUAAAAACUAUAAUUUUGAACUAUUAGAUAUUCAAUAUCUACUUGAUUGAAAUCGAGUCAAUAUGUUCUGAUCUUAUUGAUAACUUUUAUUAUUAUUUUAUUUUUGAGAUUCAUUUUCCAUCAUAACACUUUAAUCUUGAAAUUUUUAUUUGUUAUCUUUUUGAAAGCUCAACCUUUAAGAAUUAUUAAAAAUUUUCUGGAUAAAAUUAUUCAGUCAAAUAAAUUUAUUUUAUGAAUGUGGCUUCUAUAUAAUUUAGUAAGACAUCCAAACACCGCAUAUCGCUUAAGGUAAUUAGCAAAAGAAAGAACACUGUCAUUCAUUCAGCAUUUACAUGAAACGAUGUUCUACUAGAGUAUAAUAACUUACAUCACGAUUUUUGGGGUAUUGAGUAUAUGAGUGUGCUUCUUCUCUUCGUUGAGAAACAAUACGGACAGUCACAACUAUGUCCAUCUAUCCCAUCAAUUUGUACCACAAACGAACUUAAUAGAUGUUACUAUUUGUAAUAGACAGAAUGUACCAAUAUGCUCGAAGUUGUAUAGUUCAGCGUAUUGAAACCGAAACUAUUCAAUAGCUUUUGACAUUCAAUUAACCAAACUUUCUGAAAAACUAGAUUUUCAUAUUUCAGUGCUAUUGGAUAGAACAUUCUAAAAGUAUUGAACAUAAUUUUAUUUCCAUAGCAAAGACAUGAAGUCAACAGGAGUCUUACAGAAAUUUGUAUUAGAACAUUAUUUGAUAAUAAGAAAACAAACAAAAAAAAACACAUGCUCAAAGAAAUAUGAAUCAAUCAUGGACUCUAGAGAAUAUACUGAGUUAACGGUACCCAAAAAAGGUACCCUGUUACCAAAUUUUCAGUAUGUACAGGAUCGAACCUGAUCUUUGACUCUUUAAAAUUUUUUCUUUUUCUUGAGAUAAUGUACUAGAUUUUUUUUACUUUAUUCAAUUUAAUUUUUCAAUUACAAAAAUUUAGCAGGAACAAUUUCGGGAUCCAACUCAACUUGAAUUGGUCGUAGAUCACUUCAGGGUACUCCGAUCUUAAUUUACGACCAAGCUCAACAUUUUCUCGACUAAGAAAUAAUCUAGAAAAAAUUAGGAAAAAUUAAUAUGAAAAUUGAUGAUUUUCUUCUGAUUUAUCAAGUUGUUUAUAUAGAGCCGUAUGUAAAAAAGAAAACAGUGAAUGAAUAGUCACCACAUGGAACGCGACAAAGUUCGGAUACCUAGCCGAGCUUUCCUCAGUAAAAUUACAGACUUGUGUAUCUAUGCAGAUACUUAUUCAGUGAAUGUACUUUUUCGGAUACCUCAAACGGUACAUACAUCAGUAAAAUUACUGAGAAUUUGCAGAGUACCCAUACUGGGUAUAUAAGUUAGUUGUCGCUGAGAUAAGAAAAACCUUUCAAAGAUUUCUCUCAUUGUUGUUCUCUCGAAGAUUAUCCUUUUGUUACUAGAAUUUAAAUUGAAAUGCUAACGAGAAACUCUAUAUAGAUGUCAAUUUGCUUUUACGUUUGCGCAAUCAGUGUCAGAUAGAUGUGAGGGAAGCAUGAAAAAUUCCAAGUAAACGAGGGCUCAGAUAUACUUUUAUUUAAGAUUUUAUGUACGGAACACACUCUAUUGAUAAGAAUGUCAUAAAAAAUACAAUAUUUCAUCAUCUUUCGUGAGAUAUGAGUUGAAUUGUUGAACUUGAGCAUUUUUGAAAAAAACCGCAUUGUUUUCAAUUAAAAUUCUUGUGAUAUCCUCCUUAUCCAUAGACUAUUCCGUUCACAAAAUAUUAAAUAGAACUAGUCUUCUUCUACUUAUUGAUAUCAGUGGUACUAUAGAUUAAAAUUGAAAGAAAAUAGAUGUAACUUUCGAAAGAAGACUUUUGAACCGUCGUUCGUCUGGAGUUUUUCAUACUUCUCUCACAUGAAUCUGACACACGUGGCUUGAUCUGGGAGACGAACUAACGAAGGGCAUCCUUUAUGAAUUUUUCUUAUUUCAUCGACAAUUAUCUUAUGUACAGAGAUUCAACCCAAAAGCGAAUAAUUAUUUUUACCUGUUUACCUCAUUAGAUAAUUAUACUUGCCAGGUUUCGUGUUGAAUUCUGUGUAGGAAAUCAUUUUUGCCAUUCAGGAAGAAGAAGUUUCUUCAUUAAGUUUCUGAAGUGUAUCAAGAAAAAAAAUUAAUUAAAUUUUUACAAUAACGUGUUAAUCAUUUGAUUCUGAGAUCCUAUUCCUUCAAUAAUAGUCCAAUGUAGUUUCAAAAACAAACCUAACUUUCUAAACAUCAUUCCAAAAGAAAUCUAAUACACAAAUCGUUAUAGUUUUUCAUAAAUUUAUCUUAAAAUUAAAAAAUUCAUCACUUAACCAUGAUCAAUAUAGAUGUGCUAUAUUUUAAUGAUAAUUUAUUUUCUAUUACUGGUUAUGUGCUACAACUAUAUUACGAUACUAACACAAAAUUUGACCAAUAAUUAACUUUGUACUCCGAAUAUAAAUUUCACGCUGAUGGUACGUAUUUCUCGAUUCGAAUGAUAUGUUCAUUUGUGCUCGAUGCUCAUUUGUAAAUAUUAACUAAUUUUAUAUAAUUUAUUUUUAACAUCCAUUUUUUCUUGAUUAUGAAAGAAAUCUAUUAAUUUUAGAAUAAAUUUGUUUUUUUUUCAUGUGAAGGUCAUUGAUGAAAUCUUCAGCUAUCGUGGUAUUAUUUUUUUAUAGAUAUGAAUAUAUACAUUAAAUUGAUAUUUCGCAAAAACAAAUUGCUAUUCCUUUCAUUUAUUGUUCCCUUAGAAGCUCAUGCAAGCGAAUAUUUUAUUACAAAAUGAAAUUCGAUAUUUAUAUCUAUGUUGAAAUUGAAAUUAAAAUUUCGAUUUCUAUUACAGUUGAAUUUUCCAAAUUCUACUAAAAAGUAUUUGGAUUUCUUUCGUAGAGAAAAUCAAACGAAAAUGGAUGAUGUGAUUUUUAGAUUACAAAAAAAAACUGAAUAUAUUUGACUUUAUGGUAGCAGUAUCAAAAAAAUGCUGAAUUAAUGGAAAUUAUUCUGUGGGAAACUUGAUCAUCAUACGGAAUUUUUCAAAGUCUGAAUUUAGUCUAACAUGAGUAUUAUAAAAAAAUGUUUGUAGUGACACCUAUUGAUAUUACAAGAUGGACAGAUUAAAGGGCUCAACUGACAUGUCGAGUCCGUACAUAAAAUAAGUUACUAUCAACAUAUUAUAAAUUGUCAUCUAACAGACAUUAUAAUUUGAAUUUCUACUACAGCAUUAAAAGUAAUAUUUGUUUUGGCUAAGAAGGAUUUUCUCAUAAUUUAUGAGUAUGGUUAAGUCUAACGAUAUAUGUCAAGGCAGAUAUUUAGUGAAACAAUUGUAAAAAUUUAUUAAAAAGCAAUGUCUUCGGUAGAACUUAGAGUGAUAGAUAUUAAUCUGAGUUCCAUUCAUAAUGAAUCUCUAUCGGAGAUUUCUUGUUUUUUUACAUACAGGGGUGUGGGUGUGUGGGUGUGGCUGUGGGUGUGGGUGGGUGUGGGUGGGUGUGGGUGGGUGUGGCUGUGGCUGUGGGUGUAGGUGUGGGUGGGUGUGGGGUGUGGGUGUAAGUGUGGGUGUGGGGUAUGGGUGUGGGUGGGUGGGUGUGAGCAUUACUGUCAGCUUUACUCGCACUCAUACCCAUACCCCAUACCCACAUCCACACCCACACCCAUCUCCUAUAUUCUAGAGAUACUCUUAAGUCUUCAAUUUUAUAGUCAUGAUUGCCAUAAAUAUAUUGGUUUUUUUU